GUCUUUAAAAUUUAGUUAUGUUAAUAUUGGUGCACCUGGUAGAUGUAACGAUGCAUUUGUUUACAACAGAUCAACUCUUUUCGAAGUGAUGCAAAACCCGGUGUAUGCUCAAAACUGUUUAACUGUGAAUAAUGUCAAAAUUCAAGCUCACCUGAUCGCUGAUUCUGCAUUUCCAUUAAGUAACAAUUUAAUGAAACCAUAUACUGAACGUACAAAUAUGCCUCAACAUCAAUCAUUGUUCAAUUAUCGACUUAGCCGGUGCCGUUGUACAAUUGAAAGAUCGUUUGGCCAUCUUAAAAACCGAUUUCGAUCAAUACAUAAAAAAAUGGAGUAUGAUAUUGAACAUGUGAAAAAUAUAAUUAAAGCUGCUUGUAUUUUACACAACAUCUGUGUCGAUUCUCAAGAUGCUGUUGAAACUGAUUGGGACAUUAUUGCUACACCAUAUAAAAAGCCGAAUUGUUAUAUACAAACAUUAGGUGCUGUUGACAUGAGAGACGCAUUAAGUUUUUAUUUUUUACAGAAUCCAUUGUAA